AUGGCUACUUCAGCUAUCCAACACUCCUCUUUUGCUGGCCAAACGGCUCUCAAGCCUUCCAACGAUCUCAUCCGCAAAGUCGGAGCUUCCAACGGUGGUGGCCGCGUCGUCAUGCGUCGUACCGUCAAGUCUACUCCUCAGAGCAUCUGGUAUGGACCAGACCGUCCCAAGUACUUAGGUCCAUUCUCAGAGAACACACCAUCAUACCUAACCGGUGAAUACCCCGGAGACUACGGCUGGGACACAGCCGGUCUCUCUGCUGACCCAGAAACCUUUGCAAAGAACCGUGAGCUCGAAGUAAUCCACAGCAGAUGGGCAAUGCUAGGCGCUUUAGGCUGCACGUUCCCUGAGAUUCUCUCCAAAAACGGAGUCAAAUUCGGUGAAGCCGUGUGGUUCAAGGCAGGCUCUCAGAUCUUCUCAGAAGGAGGACUUGACUACCUCGGAAACCCUAACUUGAUCCACGCGCAAAGCAUUUUAGCUAUUUGGGCUACUCAAGUUGUGCUAAUGGGUUUAAUCGAAGGGUACAGAAUUGGAGGUGGACCUCUUGGUGAAGGUCUUGACCCGCUUUACCCGGGUGGGGCGUUUGACCCGUUGAACUUGGCUGAGGAUCCAGAGGCAUUCUCGGAGUUGAAGGUGAAGGAGCUCAAGAACGGUAGGCUUGCCAUGUUCUCCAUGUUUGGAUUCUUUGUCCAAGCUAUUGUUACUGGUAAAGGUCCGAUUGAGAACUUGUUUGAUCAUGUUGCGGACCCUGUGGCUAACAAUGCUUGGGCUUACGCCACCAACUUCGUUCCCGGAAAAUAGAAUGUGAUCGGAUUAAUUCAUGUAACUUUGUUUUUUUUAAUCUUUAAGCAUGGACAAUAUUUAAGUAUCUUUGUUUGAUGUGAUUGUUGAAAGAACUAUUAUAUGUAUGCUAAACAUAUUUUCAUGGUAUUUGGGAAUCAUUUCUAAUUCCCUAAUGAAUAAUUUAUUUAAAUUUUAUAUACCAUCUAAUAAAUGGACUAACCACUAUAAAACUCUAUUUUUUUUGGAGAAAUAGGAACACCAAAGCUCUCAAACCUCUUUAAUCUUCUUACUAUCCUAGUUCAUGAUGCAGCUAUGCAUUAAAACAAAAGUAUUAUUUUUUUUUUUAAUUUUUCUUGAAAUAUGUAGGUUAAC